CUCCCUCCGGCCUUUGGGUCAUUAUGUGUUUGACACGGAGAGGUUUUUGAGGUCUGGUUUUCGGUCGGCGGUACCUUCGGGUCCUCUGAGGCGGUUCUGUUAAUCAGUGUCCUCAUGACUUCAUCAGGUCCAUGGCCUUAGUGAUUGGAAACCAGAGGCCUUUAAAUAUGCUGCAGGUGUCUCCAAUGUGGCGGCGUGAGCCAGGAUAGCUGCAGCUAACCGCUAACCCGUUAGCCAAACCCCCAGAGAUGCUCUCUUGGCGUCUAGCUGCCAUUUUGUUUCUUAUUAAGUCAAGUUCAAAGGUCAGUGGCACUUUUUUGUAUUUCUUGUUUGUGUCAAAGUUAUGUAUGAUUUCUGUGCAGCUUCUCAGCUAAAUGACUAUUAUAAAAACUAUUUAUUUCCACUUUUUUACUCUUUGUUAAAGGGGACGUAUUCCGAAUAUUCCACUUGCAAAGGUCUUCUACACGUUCAUGCGGCUGUCUGCAUGUCAACAAAGCAUUUUUUUCAUGAUCCCUAUAUCAUUAUUUAAUAAAUACAACUUGUUUGGAAGCUCUGUGGUUUUGCGACAUCAUCGGACCAAGAGGGGUCUCAACCUUCAGAAAGCGUUUUAGUCGCUGCACAGUUCAUUUACCAAGAUGGCGUCCAGCCUCAGAAGGCACAACAACCAAAAGGAUGGAUUUCAUAUAUGACGACUAUGUCCCGAACGACCGUCCUCUGUCCUCAUGUCUCCGGGAGUCUCGACUCCAGAACACAAGCCCUUUCACGUUGUUUGUCGGGACUGAGAAUCCUGAUCCGGCCCAUCUCUCGUCUUUUACUGACCACAGGUGGUUCCUUUUUCUUGUAAAAAAGUGGCAUGGAAUUUAUUUUGAAGGCACUGGACCGGAUGUAGUCAUGCGUGAGUGGGUAACUUCACAGUGUUGACUUUUUUUCGGUGAUCGAGUCCUCAGGUCGGUUCUCCGGACACAAGCACCGAGAUGUCCGCGAUAAUGCUGCUGCUGCUCGGCCUCCUGCUGCUGAUCCUCGGCCUCCUGCUGCCACGCCGCAAGAGACGAGAUGGUGAACCUCCGCUCAUCGAAGGCUGGAUUCCGUAUAUCGGCAAAGCUCUGGAGUUCGGUCGGGAUGCCCACAAGUUUCUAGAAGAACACAAGAAGAAGUUUGGGGACGUUUUCACAGUUCGGAUAGCAGGUAAAUACAUGACCUUCGUCAUGGACCCACUGCUGUAUCCCAGCGUCAUAAGACACGGCCGCCAGCUGGACUUCCACGAGUUCUCCGAUAAGGUGGCGCCCGUCACCUUCGGCUACCCGCCCAUCCGCGGGGGCAAGUUCCCCGGCCUGCCGGAGCAGAUCGGCCGCACCUUCCAGCUCCUCCAGGGUGACGGCCUCUCGGCCCUCACGGAGAGCAUGAUGGGAAACCUCAUGCUACUGUUUCGUCAGGACUACCUGGGCGGGCCGCUGCCAGGGGAGGCGAGCGGCGACUGGAAGAGCGCCGGCAUGUACGAGUUCUGCAACUCCAUCAUGUUCGAGGCCACCUUCCUCACCAUCUACGGCAGGCCGGCGUCCGCCAGCCGCCACUCUGACACGGGCCUGUUGAGGCGGGACUUUGUCCGGUUCGACAACAUGUUCCCGUUGCUCAUCGCUCAGAUCCCCAUCCGGCUGCUGGGACGGACCAAGGCCGUAAGGGACAAGCUGAUCGACUACUUCCUGCCGCACAAGAUGUCACGCUGGGCCGACACCUCGCUGUUCAUCAGGACGCGAUCGGAGCUGUUCGAGCAGUACGACGCUCUCAGGGACGUCGACAAAGCAGCUCAACACUUCGCCAUCCUCUGGGCCUCUGUGGGAAACACCAUCCCUGCCACCUUCUGGGCCAUGUACCACCUGGCGAGUCACCCCGAGGCCCUAAGGGAGGCGCGCCGGGAGAUUCAGUCCGUCCUGGAGCUCAGGGGAGGAGUCAGCGGCAGCCAGGACGUGAGGCUCCACAGGGAGCAGCUGGAGAAGCUGGUGUAUCUGGAGAGCGCCAUUAGUGAGAGCCUCCGCCUCUCCUCGGCCUCCAUGAACAUCCGCGUCGCCCAGGAGGACUUCAGCUUGCGGCUGGAUGCCGGGCGCUCAGUGGCCGUCAGGAGGGGAGACUUCGUUGCUCUCUACCCUCAGACCAUGCACAUGGACCCCGAGAUCUACGAGGAGCCGCAGUCGUUCCGAGCCGACCGUUUCCUGCAGGACGGCGUAGAGAAGACGGACUUCUACAAAGACGGCCAGCGGCUGCGGUAUUACCUCAUGCCAUUCGGCUCGGGGUCCUCGCGGUGUCCCGGGCGGUUCUUGGCCGUUAACGAGAUCAAGCAGUUCCUGUGCCUGCUGCUGCUCUACGUGGACCUGCAGCUGGAGGAAGGGCAGGCCGGGGCCACGCUGGACACCAGUAGAGCCGGACUGGGGAUCCUGCUGCCGGCCGCCGACGUGCGCUUCCGCUACCGGCUGCGAAACAUGUGACCUUCGCCACACAACGCCCCGCCCCCCCCCCCCCCCCCCCGGCCCUCCCUCAGCUUUGGGUGUCAGUAGAUGCACAAAACUAAAUUGAGGGGCGACACGGAGACACAAAAGCUUUGCAUUAUUUAGAGGGUUGACUAGAGACCAAUACUUUGUAUACUACCAAUACUUCACAUUAUAUACUAGUUUUAAAAGAACGGUCCAACAUUUCAGGAAACAAUGAGGACGUGGCUAGCUUAGCUUAGCACAAAGACUGGAAGCAUUCCUGGAACUGUUAGCCUAGCUUAGCACAAAGACUGUAAGCAGGGGUGAAGGGCCAAACACUGCGUAGCACAAAAACAUCUACCCUCCAACAAAUCUUUACGUUUCUUACUGUUUAGAUGAUGCUGAGCGCCACAGACUGUGUAACAGAGGCCUUCAGGUGUAGCGCUAGGCCGCUAGUUGAAUGCUACAUUUUGUCUUCAGGUUUCAAAACGUUAGCUGUAAGCUAGUUUACAGGAACCCACCUUCCAGCAGCUCCAGGUCCGUCCGAUCAGUCCGUCCAGCAACAACAGGGCCGAGACGAGUCCGCUGGUCAGAUCCCACAAAAUAAAUCUGACUCGACUUUUCCUUCAGACGUUAAACUGCUUGAAUAUUCAGUGAAUGAGAUGCUGUUAAAUAAUUGGGUUAAAAUGGUGUAAUGCUGA